GAGCCUUGGGCUGCACGGGGACCUUGUCAGACCUGCCACUUGCUCAGGAAUGGACCCGCUGGUCGCAACCAGCAGCAUGAUUCUGCUGGUGGUCCUGAUGCUGUCUGCGGAGGCCGCGAGCAGAGCCGUGACUAGCACCGAGGAUCCAGAGACGCCCUCGGUGCCUGCACCAACGAAUGUUCUGAUUACGUCUUAUAACUUGAACCCUGUCCUGUGCUGGAAAUACCAGAAUAUGCCACAGACUCCCACUUUUACUGCGCAGAUAAAAAACUAUGGGAAGGGAUGGAUUGACUCCUGCACCAACGUUUCGGGUCAUUGUUGUAAUAUCUACGGACAAAUUGAAGACCCAGAAGCAUCUGUUUGGGCCAGAGUUAAAGCCAAUCUUGGGCAGAAAGAAUCUGCCUAUGCAGAGUCAGCAGAGUUUGUUUUGUGCCGACACGGAAAAGUUGGAGCACCGGCCCUGGACAUCAGCGUGAAGGGAGACCAGCUCGUGGUCAAUGUGUUCCACCCUGCGGUGGUUAUAAAUGGAAAGCAGUAUGGGGUCAUGUAUGACGAUGACAGCGCCUGCUACACGUUCUCCUACACCCUAUAUGUGCGAAAAUUUAUAAAUGGGGAGGUCCUGUAUACAAAUCAUAAAAUCGAUAUGAACAAUUGCGAUGAAGAUGGGUGCCAGUUCAACAUCUCAGUGUCCGCACUGGAUUCCAGAUACUGUGUUUCAGUAAACGGACACUCAGAAUACUGGGACAUUAUGACAAAUAAAUCGGAGGACGUCUGUGUUUCCCUUGUCCAUAACAGCAGAAAGGGUGAAAGCUCUGGUUUUUAUGUCAACAAUAGUAAAAAUGGGGAAAAAGUGCCACAUGUUAAGCACUUCACAUUUCUGACCGAAGAUUCGAUUUGGAUUCUGGUUGUUGCUACUCUAACCCUCUUUUUAAUUGUUAUCCUGGUAUUUGCAUAUUGGCAGAUGAAGAAGAAUCCAUGUAAGAGAAAAAGCAUAACGCUACCUAAGUCCUUGCUCUCUGUUGUAAAAAAUGCCACCUCAGAGACAAAACCUGAAUCCAAGUAUACCUCACUUGUCACAUCGUGCCAGCCAACUGUGCUGGAGAAUGAGACCGUGGUCUGUGAAGAGCGCCUGUCCACGGUGGCCCUUCCAGGAGACCCAGGAACAACAGAACACGAAAAACUUUCUAGCGAAGCAGAGACUAUGAUCCCCGAAGGAAGCACUGCUGUGGCCCCCGACAGCCCUCCAACGCCAAUACAGAGAGGCAGUUCUUCCCUUUUGAGUAGUAACCAGUCGGAGCCCUGUAGCCUCACGCCCUACCACUCCAGAAGCGGCUCCGACAGUGGCCUCGUGGGAUCCGGCAGCUCCAUAACCGACUCCGAAUUCCUCCUGCACAGUAACCCGGAAACAAAGACACCAGAACAAGAGCCCGAGCCGAUGAGGAAGGCCCCCACCUCCUUUGGUUAUGAUAAACCGCACGUGCUCGUGGAUGUGCUCGUGGAUGGCGGCGAUGGGAAGGAAUCUUUGAUUGGGUAUAGACUCCCAACAGAUGCCAAGGAGCCAUCCUGAGACCACCUGAGUCCAGCCGACGGCGAAGGAUCGGAUUUUCCUCCGUGGUUUUUCGGCUUUGAUUUCAUGAAAAGGAGUUGUACCUUAGCUGAUACUAACGGCAUGGAACGUCUUGAUUUAGAUCCAUGUGCAAGGACCCUGUGGACACUGCGGAGUUUACUCUGAAAACUUGGAGACUUUUUAAAGGACCGUAUCAUUGCUUAUGAGCUCCUUUCUGGGUGCGUUGUCAGCGGUGAAUUUUCCUCUUGUUAACUUUGCUUCCUGCAGUUGCUGCUUCUCUGUCCUUAGCACCUCAAGGGACAAGUUGGGCAAUUUUUUUUUCAUAUCCCUUCACAAUUGUAAGUUCAUGUAUAUAGUAUGUUUAAAGUUUCACUUUGAUGGGAAAGCUGAAAGCUCCUCAAAGUUGGACUUUGAAGUUUACUUCAAGCUGACAGAAUUUGAUAGAACAUCUCAGUGGAAGUUUGUACAUGUUUUUUUUUUUUUUUUUAUGGAGCAUUACUUGUUAUUUUUAAGUAAAAUGUUUUGAAA